UCUCUGCAGAUUUCUCAGAGGAGAAUGGGUGUAAGGAACCACUCUACUGUGACUGAAUUCCUUCUUUCAGGAUUGACGGAACAGCCAGAGCUUCAGCUACUUCUUUUCUGCCUCUUCUUAGGGAUCUAUAUGGUCACCACGGUGGGGAAUCUCGGCAUGAUCUUGCUCAUUAGCCUCAGUCCACAACUUCACACUCCCAUGUACUAUCUCCUCAGUAGUUUGUCCUUUUUGGAUUUCUGCUAUUCUUCUGUCAUUACCCCCAAAAUGCUGACUGGGUUGUUAUGCUCAGAGAAGGGUAUCUCCUACUCUGGAUGCAUGGCUCAGCUGUUCUUCUUCUGCAUUUUUGUAAUUUCUGAAUGCUACAUGCUGGCAGCCAUGGCCUACGAUCGCUAUGUGGCCAUCUGCAGGCCACUGCUCUACAAUGUCAUCAUGUCCCCUCGGGUCUGCUCUCUGCUGGUGGCUGCUGUCUUCUCAAUAGGUUUCACGGAUGCUAUGAUUCAUGGAAACUGUAUAUUAAGGUUGUCUUUCUGUGGGUCAAAUAUCAUUAAACACUAUUUCUGUGACAUUGUCCCUCUUAUUAAACUCUCCUGUUCUAGCACUUACAUUGAUGAAAUACUGAUUUUUGUCAUUGGUGGAUUUAACAUGGUAGCCACCAGCCUCACAAUCAUCAUUUCAUAUGCUUUUAUCCUUACCAGCAUCCUCCGCAUCCGCUCUAAAGACGGCAGGUCCAAAGCCUUCAGCACCUGCAGCUCCCACCUGACAGCUGUUCUUGUAUUUUAUGGAUCCAUCAUGUCUAUGUAUCUCAAACCUGCUUCUAGCACUUCAUUUACCCAGGAGAAAGUGUCUUCAGUAUUUUACACCACUGUGAUUCCCAUGUUAAACCCCCUGAUAUACAGUCUGAGGAACAAGGAAGUGAAAAAUGCAUUGAUGAAACUUUUAAGAAGAAAAAUACUUUCUAAAUGA